AUGCCUGUUCCAGAUGUCAUGUUCUGUGCGCAGCAGAUUCACGUGCCGCCUGAACUGCCGAAUAUUAUGAAACAAUUUACUAAGGCUGCUAUUAGGACUCAGCCACGUGAUAUACUGCAGUGGUCCUAUGGAUAUUUCUCUGCUCUAUCAAAAGGAGAGCCUCUUCCCGUGAAGGAUCGAGUUGAAAUGCAGGUAGCCACACAGAAAAAUGAUACUGGUCUGACACCGGGGCUCCUUAAAGUUUUGCAUAAACAGCUAUCUAAAAAGGAAACUCUGAGUCUACAAGAACUGCAGACAAAAUGGAAAAACUUGUGCUUGCCAGUAGAACAGCUGCACUAUCUCUUACGACUGGACCACUUUGGGGACGAAGUGCCGUGGAUUAAAUUCUUUGCCCUUGGGUGCAGCGCGCUUUGUGGGUCCUUAAUGAGUUCUAUGAAGCAGGCCUGUGAAAUUCUUACAGAGGAUCCAGAGGGUGGAGCAGCACGCAUUCCCUAUGAGGCCUUUGCAUUUCUCUACUCGUACCUGGCUGGCUUAGAUGAAGAAAUACCAGAAGCAGAAACAGAAUCAUUUCUCUCUGCUCUUAAGGAACAGGUGGCGCGUAAGGACUACAUGGUCGGAGUUGCAGAUUUUUCUGGAAACAGGAGGGAUUGA